AUGCCUGUUUCACGAAAUUCCUUUCGUCGUGUUAUUGGCGAUAUGGUCAAUCGUUAUCAUAUGAGAUCUGACUCAACGAAUGGAUAUCAUUGGAAUACAACUCGAUCAAACAAAACAAAUGAUCGGAAUUCGUUGAUUAGUAAUGAUUCAUUAUCAUCAUCGCAAACAUAUUAUGAACGAUUGCAUAAAUGUGAAAAGGAAGUUUGUAAAUCUUUAAGUUAUCUCGAUCAAGUUUUAACACAUAACAAAUUAGAAAUUCUUGCGAAUAUUAUGACAUCAUUAAUUGAUAAUAUCUUUGAUAUUGACAAUAUCUUGAAAAGCAUCUUUGAAUAUCAAUCCGAUUCAUAUAGAACUUAUGUUUUAUUUGAUAUAUAUCAUUUAUUAGCGGAUUUAAUUGAAUGGUCGGAUAGAUUACUUUUUUCCAAAGUGAAUGAUGACGAUCGGUAUCGUAAGCUUGCUAAAGAUCUCAUGACGGCCGUGAAGACUUGUAUUAAUUCGACAUCACAAAUGCGUUCCGAGUCUAUACAAAGUUUUCAAUCAUACAAUAAUUCACUCGAAGAGUCGAUUCCACAUCUUCCUCCUAAACGAGAAAAACGACCGGUGAGCUCGACAGCAUCGAUAACAUCCACACGAUCUCGCAUUAAUGCCAGUCCAAGUUCAUUCUUAUCUCCUCCAUCCUAUGACUUCAAUAACGAAGAGCGUAUUCAAUUAAUUGUCGAUGAUAUCAAUCAGAUCAUUAAGAAAUACACACGUGAACUUGACGAUGCUGUACGUGCCAAAACGACCAUACGCUCACCCUCAUCUGAUUACAUAUCUCAGCAAAGUCAUUCUUAUUUAUCAUCAUGUCGUCGUAAUAGUAUCGAUACGAUCUUCGAAAGACACUCGGCAAGAUAUUCAUUGCGCGAUAGUUUUCCAUAUGAAGAGAAUAGUCUUAAUGAUGUUGCCGAACAACAGCAGACAGAUUUAACCAACAAUCCACCGCCAUUACCUCCCAAACGACAAAUCGCUCGAGCGUAUAUGUCAUUGUUUGAUCGAUAUGAUCAAAACGAAGCCGAACUAUUUCUUCGUAACACGUGCUUUGUAACUCCAUCACAACGACGCUUUGAAGAUUUAUUCGAACAAGUUCAUCAGCAUUUUCCUCAAUCACAAAUCUUUUCCAAUAGUGAAGAAUGUUUGAAGAUUAGAGAGAAUCUUUUCGUCGAACAUUCAGACCUCCAUCAUCAAUAUGCAAGUGAUCUUUUCCUGGAAAGUAUCUCUCAUCUGUUGGUCUUCAAUCUCAACGAAGAUCCUCCACUGCGUGGUGGUACAAUCGAUGCCUUGAUUAUCCGAGCGACAUCGUCCGAUAAGAAAGAUUUUCUUUAUCAAGAAACGUUUCUAACAACAUAUCGAACAUUUAUCUCACCGAGUGAUUUAGUUGACAAACUUAUACAACGUUACACGUUCUUUUCGCAAUUUCAAUCGAAGAAAAAAGUCGCUCGCCAUGCGUUUUCAUUACUUAUUCGUGUUAUCGACGAAAUCGACAAUGAAUUGUCGGAAAUCCUAAUGAAAAAACUUUCGCAUUUUGUCACAACAUUGAUUCGACAAGGUGAACUUCAACUAAGUAAACUUCUUCGACGAAAAUCACUCGAACGGUACAAUAAAUUGCAGCAAAAUUCGGAUCAAUCUCAUCAAGAUAUUGUUCUGAUAAAAAAUUCCAUCUCGUCGAAACGCGCGACCUUGCUUGAUUUCGAUUCAAGCGAUCUAAGUGAACAAUUAACACUGAUCGAUUCAGAAUUAUUUCUCAAAAUUCAACUAUCCGAAAUCUUGUACAUUUCGAUUGAAAAAGGAGAAGAAUAUUCGCCGAAUCUAGCUGUUUUUACUGAACAUUUUAAUAACAUAUCCUAUUGGGUACGAUCUCGAAUAUUGGAGCAAAACUCUCAGCGACAACGGGAAAAUUAUUUCGAGAAAUUUCUCAAAAUUCUCAAACAUUUAAGACGAUUGAAUAAUUUCAAUUCAUACUUAGCGAUUCUCUCUGCAUUAGAUUGUGGACCAUUAAAACGGUUGCAUUGGUCGAAAAAUAUCACUGAAGCUGUUUGUGAACACACCGAUCUUAUCGACAGUACCGGUUCAUUUAAAAACUAUCGCGAAGCUUUGAAUGCAUCCACAGGUCAGCCUUGUAUACCGUAUAUUGGUUUGAUUCUAUCGGAUUUAACAUUUGUUCAUAUUGGCAAUUCGGAUUAUUUGCAAGACGAUCGAAUUGUGAACUUUUGGAAACGUUGGCAACAAUUUACAAUUUUGCAUAAACUUCGUUAUUGUCGAAAAUGGGAAUAUAAAUUCAUUCGUAAUGAUCGUAUUCUGUAUUUUUUUAACAAUUUCGAUGAUUUCAUGAACGAAGAAGCUCAGUGGAUUCAGUCGGAGAAAAUCAAGCCACGUCAAAAACCUCUUCCUAUUCUCUAA